UGGCAUCCAAUGUACAUUACAGGAACUGGACACAGCGAAGGAGAGGGCUGCGAGCACGUAUUUUCUGCAUCUAAUGCACUUGUGUGUGGUACCCGACAUGUAAGCACGUUCCACCGGCAUCAGACGAUUGAACAACACUUUGCAUUUUGGAAUGAUGACAAAUAUGCU